AGUCUGUCAAGGGUCAUCUUUGCCUUCAGUAGCCAUUAAUAAACCCGUCAAAAUGUUGAUAAAUGUUACAUACGGGUUACUGUUUGCAUAUUUUGCCUUACCUGGAUUCUUAAUGGGGGAUUUAGCAUUCCGGUGCCCAAGUUGCACAGCAGAGCAUGGGACUGGGUGUCCUGAAGUCAUAGCAUUAUGUACAGAGAUAGUGAGGGAGCCUGGCUGCGGCUGCUGUCCAGUGUGUGCCAGGGUGGAAGGUGAGCUCUGUGGCGUCUACACGCCGAGGUGCGCUAGCGGCCUCAGGUGCUACCCCACACUUGACGCUGAAUUCCCCUUGCAUCAGCUCAUCCAGGGUUUUGGACAAUGCAGGCCAAAAGUGGACAUGGAAGAAACAACAAGUGUGAACCAACAGCUGACAAAUGAGGUGCAUGGGACACAAACUCCAGAGACAAAAAGACCUCCCAUAGACUCCUGGUUUUGGCAGGAAUCUGCCAUAAGGCAACACCUGAAUGGGCGUAAAAUCAAGAUGAAAACAAAUCAGUUGGAGGAUCCCCGCAUCCAGAAACAACCAAAGAGUGCCUGUCAGGAGGAACUGGAUAAGGUCUUGGAGGAGAUCAACAAAAUUACCUCUGAGGAUAACAGGGGUCCACUAGAGAACCUGUAUGAGCUCAAAUUUCCAAACUGUGACAGAAAUGGGCUGUACAACCUCAAACAGUGCAACAUGUCCACCCAUGGCCAGCGGGGCGAGUGUUGGUGUGUUAACCCCUUAACAGGGGUCCAAAUACCAGCAACGCCUAAAGUCAGAGGGGAUCCCAACUGUAACCAACUAGAAGAAGAGCUCAGAGUGACGCCCACUGAAAUAUCGUCCCGCUAGCACACAUUACUAGACAUCAUGAUGGAGAUGGGUUUUCCUUACCAUUCAGACUGCGGAAUUAAUUUUCCACUAAAAUUAUUCUGUCUACACAAAAGUGUAUAUUUUUGACUGUUUGGUUUUUUUCCCCCCUGUUAAACCGCUACUAGGUUAUAGAGUCUAAAAUCACAUUUUAACAGUGAUGCUAUUACAUUUUUUUAAUGGCAAAUAAGUCCCAUGGGAGAACCCAAAACAGCUACAUGCCUUAUUACAUCUUUUUCUGCCUUUUCCAACAUAUACUGUAUAUAUUUCCUUCUUAGACUGAGCAACACUGUUGAUAUACUGAAGUAAAAUACUGAUUUGCUACUAAGUUGCUCUGCAGAUUAUAUAAGAUAAUUGAUUUCCACAUUAAAAUGUUUUGAAAUGAAAAA